UGGGAGCGGUACAUCCCCAGGGUCCUGCCUGCUUCUGCAGCAUAACUGCACUUCUUUUCAUGUAUUUUCGGUGGCAUUCCUUUGCAGAUUCAUUCACGGGACUCAUAAACAUAAUGACUGACAUCAUCUGGCGCUACACAGGAGAUUUCAUGGCUCCUGACAUCGUCUGCAGAGUCGUCCGCUACUUACAGGUGGUCCUCCUCUAUGCUUCAACCUAUGUCCUCGUGUCACUGAGCAUAGACCGGUAUCAUGCCAUAGUUUACCCCAUGAAGUUCAUGCAAGGAGAAAGACAGGCGAAAGUUCUUAUUGGAGUGGCCUGGAGCCUCUCUUUCCUGUUUUCCAUACCGACUCUGAUAAUUUUUGGGAAACGACAGCUCUCCAACGGGGAAGUGCAGUGCUGGGCUCUGUGGCCGGAUGAUUCCUACUGGAUCCCCUACAUGACGGUGGUUGCUUUCCUUGUGUACUUCAUUCCUCUGAUCAUUAUCAGUGUCAUUUACUCAAUCGUGAUUCGAACCAUCUGGAUGAAGAGCAAAGCUCAGGCUGUCAUUAUAUCCAGCUGCACUGAUGGCAGAACCUCUGCUGGCUACACCAGUCGUGGGUUCAUAUCCAGAGCUAAAGUGAAAGCCAUCAAGUACAGCAUUGUAAUUGUUCUUGCAUUCGCUCUCUGUUGGAGCCCCUACUUUCUGUUUGAUAUCCUGGACAACUUCAACAUCCUUCCCGAGACCAAAGAGCGCUUCUAUGCAUCCGUGAUAAUUCAAAACCUGCCAGCCUUGAACAGUGCCAUCAAUCCCCUCAUCUACUGCCUCUUCAGCAACCACCUCUGCACCCCCUUUGAGGAGAGAAGAACACGAAGGUUGGAGGGGACUUUCCGGGACCGGAGUGAUGGAGGGCAGGAGAUGCAGGUCCUGUCCAAACCAGAAUACAUCUAGCACAGGUAAUCCCCUCAGAACCACAACAGGACCCAUGCUGAGGACAGCAGAGGUUUCCCAAAGUAGAAGACAGACACCAAGCAUGAACUGACUGGACUACACCUGUGCCUUGCUGCUGUUGAACAGCACAAGCACUUGAGAGCAGCACUGCACCUUCAGCUACCACACUCUGCCAGGACCAAGCCAGCCACAAAGGGUUUGCAUGCUACUUUUGUGACGGCUCAUUUUAGCCAUCUGUUUUCAAGCAAGCUGUAACAUAUCUGUACUCCAAAUGGCAAAAAGCAAUGUAAACAGUAUCUAGUCAAAGCCUUCUCUCUGUUCUUCAAGAGUCUCUGGAAGCCAUCCAGUACCAUGCAGCUCAUAGAGCUGGUGAAGUGUUUACAAGUAGUUACAGGAGGGCGCCCUGCUUAAAAUGAACCCAGGAACGUUUCGAAUGAGAAUACACCACUGCCACUCUAAGUUUGUGUCCUGGCUUCACGUGCAACCACUGACAAUGCCCUAACAGAAAGGAGGGGAUGGUAGGGAUGGAUGGCCAUCCCCCUAUACACACCAUCUGUGUAGUUCAUCCUCCCAUUCCCUUGCAGAACUUCCCUGCUGUUUUAUCUCGGCUCCCCUACCUUUA